CCCAUUCUUUUGCUUACACAAUUUUGUAACUAUGUAAAGCAGGAUUUUCAGAGUGUACAGUUCAGGAGUUAGAAGAAAUUGUAACUUGACGUUAGAAUUAGGGGAGUCUAAGUAGGUAGACUAAUGAAUUUAGCUCCAUAAAAGAAUGUAGAUGUAAUACUGUCUCUUGAAUAAGUUGACACGUUUCUACUUCAAAAGAAAUUAAAGCAAUUAUAUUUUUUUACUUCUAUGGUUCCAUUCAAUUCCUUAUAUUGAUUGAAUAACUCAUUGCAAUAUAAAAAUUCUGUGUACAAAUACAAUGAGCUUGUUGAUCGGUUUUCUUUGUUCUUAUCUGAUCCAAGAUCUUAAGCAUUUCCACUCCUGAUUAAAAUGUGUGAGUUAAUUUACUUAUAAUAAGAUAUGCAUCUGUACUUCUCUUGAAUAUUGAACACAGAUAUCUGGCAAUAACAAGAUUAUGACUUAUAAUAAAGGAAAUUUGGAAAUUGUAGCCUUCUGUAUUCUCUGUUAUUUGGGAACAUUUACUCUGCUGAGAUAAUUCGAGUAAUUACUAUCUAGAUAGUUGAUCCUGCAUAAUGACUUAGCAUGAGGGACCAAACAACUUUGUCAGAUAUUGCUGUACAUUUGUUUCUAAUUGUAGAGUUUAUUGAAUUACAAGACAAUUACACAUGGUUAUAAUUUGAUCAAAGAUCAUGGGUUAGACAAUUGCAUUUUAUAAAAUUUGAUUUCUAAAGAUUCUUUGUUCUCUAUCCUGUCAGGAAAAACAUUGUGUCCUGCUGUUCUACAGGCACAAUGGCCUAAAAUCAUAUAUACUGGGCAAAGAGUUGAAUAGCAAAACCAUGUGAUACUUCAUGUGCUAUUGCCAAUCAACAGUUCAACAAAAUGCCUCUCUACCAGCUAAAAAUCUUACAUAUGAUUGAUUUGUUUUCUCUAAUAGUUUGUUUAUAAAUGGACACAUGACAGUUUGCAUCUGGGGUAUGUUACAGUCCUAGUGGACAGUGUUGCAGACACAAAUCGUCACAAGGCACAUAUGGAUUUGAUUCUGAGAGAUCCUUUGUUCCAGGUAUGAGAAAAAAGGUAGGACCUAUUGUUGUUGAACUUAUAUGAGCUAAAGUAAUUAAUUUUGUCAAUUAGUUGGAAGACAGAACCAUGUGGUAAUUGAUAUGUCAUUGUCUUCACCACAAAUAAUGAGAUUUUAUGACUUGCCAUUUGCUUAUAUAAACUUGUUUUGAGAAGUUGUCACUACCACAACUCUACACAAAACAAAGAAUACUACUUAAAGCUUUUCUGUUCUUUUGGGAUCUUAAGUACUCUUUCUCUUCAUACUUUGCGCAUCUUAAAUUAAAGAUCAUGGCUAUUCGUGUACCUCGUAUAAUCAAGAAGUCCUCGACAUCUCUACAAGUUCCCAAGGGACAUUUUGCUGUUUAUGUUGGGGAGAAGCAGAAGAAGAGAUUUGUGAUACCAAUAUCAUACUUGAGCCAACCUUUAUUUCAAGACUUGCUAAGUCAAGCAGAGGAAGAAUUUGGCUUCGAUCAUCCAAUGGGUGGUGUCACAAUUCCAUGUCCAGAAGACAUUUUUAUUGCCAUCACUUCUCAGCUUAGGAUUUGAGAACAUAGUUGAGAUCAUUUUUUCUUUUUAUAGGUCUAACAAUUUUGUAUACAAAUUAAAGCAGGAGAUCCAUAUUGUACAGUUGAUUAGUUACAAGUUAAAUGAGACUUAGCACCACAAAGAUUGGUGCUUUUUAGCUAAAUUCAGAAUACAAUACCUCAUUUUCUCUCACUAAAA